UUUGCUCUCUGUCAGACUCACGCGCACACACACACACAUACUCACCCCCUGUCCCUUAGUCAUUCAGACGUGCACACACACACACUCUCCCUCCCUUGUCAAAUUGUACUAUUCAUCAGCAGAUAUUCAAGGCUGUGUGCUUUCUCUGUUCCACGGGCAAACCGGAUCGGUUCCAUCGCUUACCGGGGUCCCAGGAUUCUCGAGCUGUGCCCAGCCUGCAAGCUUUUGAAGAUGACACAAUAACAGUCCAGUGAUGCCUGACCAUGACAGCACAGCCCUCUUAAGCAGGCAAACCAAGAGAAGAAGAGUUGACAUUGGAGUGAAAAGGACUGUAGGGACAGCAUCUGCAUUUUUUGCUAAAGCGAGAGCAACCUUUUUCAGUGCCAUGAAUCCCCAAGGUUCUGAGCAGGAUGUUGAGUAUUCAGUGGUGCAGCAUGCAGAUGGGGAAAAGUCAAAUGUUCUCCGCAAGCUGCUGAAGAGGGCGAACUCCUAUGAAGAUGCCAUGAUGCCUUUUCCAGGAGCAACCAUAAUUUCCCAGCUGUUGAAAAAUAACAUGAACAAAAAUGGUGGCACAGAGCCCAGUUUCCAAGCCAGUGGGCUCUCCAGCACAGGCUCAGAAAUACAUCAUGAGGAUAUGUGCAGCAACUCUUCAAGAGACAGCCCCCAAGAGUGUCUUUCUCCUUUUGGCAGGCCUACGAUGAGCCAGUUUGAUAUGGAUCGCUUGUGCGACGAGCACCUGAGAGCAAAGCGUGCCCGGGUUGAGAAUAUCAUUCGAGGUAUGAGCCAUUCCCCAAAUGUGGCAUUGAGGGGCAAUGAGAAUGAAAGAGAGGGAGCGCCUCGCUCUAUUAGCCCCCGAGAAAGCUAUAGAGAAAACAAGCGCAAGCAAAAACUGCCUCAGCAGCAGCAACAGAGUUUCCAGCAGCUGGUUUCAGCUAGGAAAGAACAGAAGAGAGAGGAGCGCAGACAGCUGAAGCAGCAGCUGGAGGACAUGCAGAAACAGCUGCGCCAGCUGCAGGAGAAGUUUUACCAGAUCUACGAUAGCACUGACUCUGAAAAUAAUGAAGAUGGCAACCUGUCUGAAGACAGCAUGCACUCUGAGAUGAUCGACGCUAGGGCCCAGGACUCUCUGGGCAGGUCAGAUAAUGAAAUAUUUGACUUAGACCCUGGGCAGUUCCUUAACCGUGCCCGAGCUUUUAUCAGGGAACAUGAGCUAGCUUCAGAUAAUCACGCGAAGCGCGAAGGAAUGAAAGGCAAAGAACAUUUACAAAACAAUUUCAAUCCUGAAGGCAAGCAUUUGGCAGAAACGCUGAAGCAGGAACUGAAUACUGCCAUGUCACAGGUAGUAGACACUGUGGUUAAGGUUUUUGCGGCUAAACCUGUUCGCCAACUUCCUCAGGUCUUCCCACCCAUCCAAAUUCCUCAGGCGAGAUUUGCAAUCAAUGGCGAGAGUCACAACUUCCACACCACCAACCAUCAUGCGCAGUGCUUUGGUGAUGUCAUCAUUCCAAAUCCCCUGGACACUUUUGGCAAUGUUCCGAUGCCUAACUCUACAGACCAGACUGAAGCAUUGCCCUUAGUUGUGCGCAAAAAUUCUAAUGACCAGCCUCCCUCUGGGCCACCACCUGGUAGCCACCACGCUGCACUGCAUCAGUCUCCCCUCUCAGCGGCUGCCAGCUUCUCCUCUUCUUUCCGUCACCCUUUUCCUCUUCCGCUGAUGGCCUAUCCAUUUCAGAACCCUUUGGGUGCCCCAUCAUCGGCCUUUCAAGGGAAAGACAGGGCCUCCCCAGAAUCCCUAGACCUCACUAGGGAGACUACAAGUCUGAGGACCAAGAUGUCAUCGCACCAUAUGAAUCACCACCCUUGCUCACCAGCACACCCUCCUAGCUCGACGGAAGGCCUCUCUUUGUCCUUUAUCAAAUCGGAGUGCGGGGACAUGCAAGAUAUGUCUGAUAUUUCACCUUAUUCCGGAACACAAUUCUACAUGCAGGAAGGUCUUUCUCCCAAUCACUUGAAAAAGGCCAAGCUGAUGUUCUUCUACACUCGUUAUCCAAGUUCCAACAUGCUCAAGACCUACUUCUCUGACGUAAAGUUCAACAGAUGCAUUACCUCCCAGCUCAUCAAGUGGUUUAGCAAUUUCCGCGAGUUUUACUACAUUCAGAUGGAGAAGUAUGCUCGGCAAGCUAUUAAUGAUGGGGUCACGAGCACAGAGGAGCUGUCCAUCACCCGAGACUGUGAGCUGUACAGGGCUCUGAAUAUGCACUACAAUAAAGCAAACGACUUUGAGGUUCCGGAAAGAUUCCUGGAGGUGGCUCAGAUCACAUUACGAGAGUUUUUCAAUGCCAUUAUCGCGGGGAAAGACGUUGAUCCUUCCUGGAAGAAGGCCAUAUACAAGGUCAUCUGCAAGCUGGACAGCGAGGUCCCUGAAAUCUUUCGAUCCCCAAACUGCCUGCAAGAACUUCUCCACGAAUAGAUGAUUCCAGAGUGUAUAAAACUAACGUUUCCCCUUUAGUUCCCCGGGACUGUGAGUGCGAUAAAACUGUGCGUUAGCGUGUGCGCGGGUGUGCAUAUGCUGUACACAUGCAUUAUCCUGUAACGUCCUCUAUUUAUCCCACCCUGACAAUAGCCCGACAGCAUAAAACUUCUCUAAAUCAUCCACGGGAAUCCCUCAACUUCCCUAACAUUGGGGGAGCGUAUUAAGAGAUAUGGGUCACACGGACAGGAUAUUGGGGCAUUUUUAAUUUUUUUUCCAAUGGGACGUGUUAGAAAACAAACCUGCCUUUGUUUUGUCAUCUCGAAAUUAGAUGAUUUGCCGAGCACAUUGAACAGGUUAUAAACCCCAAGGUAUUUUCGAACUGGUUCGCUUUGUAACUAAAAAUAAGUGUGCCUUGGAUAGGCCACCAACGCCAGAUCCCACCACAUAGGGCAAAUCAAAUCUUACUGAUUCAGAGUUCAGUAUGUCACAGGGGGGAAAAAAAGCGCAUAGAGAAGAUGUAAAAAAAAAUAUUUAAAAUGCAUUUUACGUUGCUCUCUUUCUUUAAAUGGACCUUUUGCAUUUUGUAACAUGUUCGAUGCAGAGUCACGAUGCCCCAAAGGGUUAAAAUGAUUCUAAACCGUGCCCUAGCAGGCGUGCAAGUGUUAAACAUGUCUUUUUAUAGCACACGUCUAUUGGGUUCAGUAGACAGCACAAAGCAGCGUGUUCUCGAUGUGUUUUAUACUGAUCUCAGAUGUGACAAACUCGUGAAACUGAGCACAGGUUGCUUGUUGUGUUUGCCUUUUGACGAUACGAAGAAGUACAGUUACAGGCGGACGUAGUCUAAAAAGUAACAACCAUCAGGAAGGUUUCCCCAAGUAUGAACCUUACGUGUGAGUGACUUAGAACCGGAACAGCAGCGUGCGUUCGAGAUAAAGGUUGCUCCACGCAGAUGCCUGCCGGUAGCAAUGGAAGUGAUAAGUCACUAAAACCACUAACCCUUUCAGUGCCGCGGGGGUCUCGGGGUACUGAGCCUGAGCCUCCGGGGUAGGUUGCAUUCAUUACUGGAAAACUUCUCCGCUAAACUAAAAGGAGGAAUUUAUUUUUGCUGCUAGCCUCUGGAUCUUUUCUGGAUCUUUACAUUUAAAAAGAAAAAAUGUACAUUUUGACACUUGUUUUUAGUGUUUCACGUAACGUAAUGCCAUAUUUAGGUGAAAAAUAGUUAAAAGAAAA